AUGAGGGUUCUCGUGAAACAAAAUCCGCGGACACUCGCCCUCCAAUCGGAGACCCACACGCUUCUUUUCCGCCAUCUCGCGCGGGACGCGGCGUCGCGGUGUGCGGUGGAAUUUGUCGCCAACGAGGCGUUUGCGAGUCAGAAGUUCCGUUUGCUCCUUGAGGCCCCGGCCCACGGCUUCCUUGGCUUGAUCAACGUCGAAAACGACGUUUUUCUUCUGGUGAUCACCGGGAAGAGCAAUGCCGCGCGCCCGUUGCCACGCGAGACCGUGCACAAGAUCCACGGCGUGGAAUUUGUGAGUGUGAACAACCCCAAAUGGGAUUACGUGGCGUUGGAUGCGACAGGAUACCCUUUAAUUACUCAGCAAGACUACGAAUCGACGGAAUACGCUGAGAGAACGCCGCAUCCGUGCUACGAGUUGCGCAAGUUACUCUGUAAUGGGUCGUUUUUGUACUCCACAGACUUUGAUUUGACGAGCGUUUUGCAGCACCGGGGGGUAGAUGUCGCCCACACCGCGCUGUCCUGGUUUGACGGCUGCCAGACAGAGUUUAUGUGGAACUCGUUCAUGAUGGAGGAUAUGGUGAAGUUUCGCAACGCGAUGGAGCCUGAGCAGCGCCUUGUCUUGGAAGCCAACGGCUUUCUCACCACUGUCAUUAGAGGCUUUGCCGAAACCUUCCAAACGUACCUCAAGGAGUUGCGCUGCUCCGUGACGAUGAUCUCAAAGCAGUCGUGGAAACGCGCGGGGACGCGGUUCAACGCGCGCGGUAUCGACGACGAAGGAUAUGUGGCCAACUUUGUGGAGACAGAGUUUAUUCUCUACACGGACAAGGUUCUCUACGCAUUCACUGAGAUCCGCGGAAGUGUGCCCAUCUUCUGGGAGCAAGACACCACGCUCAUCACGCCAAAGGUGACCAUCACCCGGUCGGUGGAGGCCACCCAACCGGUUUUUGACCGCCACUUUGCGCGUUUGACGGAAAAGUACGGCCCGGUGCACAUCAUCAACCUCCUCUCGACCAGACUGUCGGAGAUCGGCUUGACUAAACGCUACGCCGAACAUUUAAAGGCCCAUAAAGGCUCCGACCUUGCCCUCUGUGAGUUUGACUUCCACCAAGAAACAGCCAAAAACGGCUACAGUCAAGCGUCGCGUAUCCUUCCGUUGGUACAGAACAGCCUUUUCGAGAACGGCUACUUUUCGUACGACUUCAACAGCGGGCGUGUGGCGUCGCAACAGGCGGGGAUCUUCCGCACAAACUGUCUCGACUGUCUUGACCGCACGAACUUGAUCCAGCAGGUGCUCUCCACCGCCUGUCUCAACAUGUUUUUACAAGACCAUCGCAUCAAGAACACGGAUGCAGACUUAUUUACAAAGCACGGCACGCUCUGGGCCGACCACGGCGACCAGAUCUCGCAGAUCUAUACGGGAACCAAUGCAUUAAAGUCGAGCUUCACCCGCAACGGUAAAAUGUCGUUUGCCGGGGCUUUGAGUGACAUGACCAAGUCGGUUUCUAGAAUGUACAUCAACAACUUUGUUGACAAGGGCACUCAGGUGACGAUCGACACGUUGCUUGGAAGAAACGCGGAUCAGAUGCCAGUUCAGAUCUACGACCCAACGGCGGACUUUGUGGCGAGCAAGCUUGUCCAGGAGGAAGGAAAGUUCACCACCUAUGACAAGGCCACAGUCUUUACCGGGACCUAUAAUGUGAACGGGUUGGCCACCGCGGAUGACUUGACCGAAUGGCUCUUUCCCGACGAAAACGCCGGCCUUUUGCCAGAUAUGUACGUGCUAGGGUUGCAAGAAAUCAUUCCGCUCACGGCUGGGAACUUCAUUUCCGGGACCCCCAGCGCGUCCAAUGCGAGCUACUGGGAGGCGCUUGUAGGGGAAACGCUUAACAACCAGGGAAAAUACACGCUUUUGCGGACGGAAACGAUGGUGUCCAUGUCGAUUCUCCUCUACGUGCAGGCAAACAAGCUCGCACACGUGACGCAGGUCGAGGGGGCGUCCAAAAAGACGGGGCUUGGGGGCAUGGGCGGCAACAAAGGAGGCUGCGCGAUCCGCUUCACCUAUGGCGAGACCACCUUCUGCUUCGUGAACUGUCAUUUGGCAGCGGGUGUCACGGCUGUUGAUGAGCGCUCCAACGACUAUAGCAACAUCUGGCUGGGCUUGCGCUUCAACCGCAACCGUCAGAUUGCGGACCACGACGCGGUGGUCUGGUUGGGAGACUUGAACUACCGGAUUGGGUUGGAAAACAGCGAGGUGCGCCAACGCGUGGCUCAGGCCGACUGGUCUGCGUUGAUAAGCCACGACCAGUUGAAGCGCGACAUGAACGCGCGCGGCGGCGCCUUCAAGGGCUUCCUGGAGCGUCAGAUCAGCUUUCCCCCUACCUACAAGUAUGAUAGGGGCACCUCUGUGUACGACACUUCUGAGAAGCAGCGGGUACCGUCGUGGACUGAUCGAAUCUUGUCGAGAGGCAAGGUCUUGCAUCAGAUGAACUACAACUGUGUAAUGGAGGUGAAGUUCAGCGACCACAAGCCGGUGUACGGGACGUUCGGCUGCCAGGUGCGCUUCGUGGACCACUCGGUCAGGCAGGCGAUGAUGCAGCAAUUGUAUACGCAAUUCAAGCUGACUGAAAGUAGCAGCCUUUCG